AUGCACGAAUUCGCCUUGUAUGGCCAGGUCACCAAAGAUGACCACCAUCGAAUACUCCAACAACUGGCUGGCUACACUCGUAUGCAGCCCCAUCAGACAAUAGAGAUACACCUUGUUUUCAAGGCUCGUCCUCCUUCCGGAUUAGAUAACAUUCCUUCUGCUGGCGGGUCCCAGGGUGUAAUGCAGCAGGAUGUUCAGAAACUGAAAACCAUGCUCAGUGGCGGCCUUUACUAUGUUCAACUGGUCGGUGAGGUACUCUCCAAGAAACCUACCAAGACAGAAGACGGAGAUGUGACCAUGGCAAAUGGCAAUAAUGACUCAGCGCCAGAAACGUCACCCGUGAGAUGGACACUGGAUUUCAAAGACACUCCAGAUCCUGGCAAACAAUCCGUCAGCACAAGGCUAAUCUCCCGGACCCCAGUGGAUGAGGGUGAUUUAGUCCGGUUCAUGGACCUUUUUGGUUACGAGUAUGUUUCUCGCUACGUGAUUGCGGGCUCUAAAUUCUACGACCAGGACACCACCAUAUUUGUCCACAAAGUCUUCCGCCUUCCUCAAGUUGCAGCAUCAGAUUUGAUCAACGAAAAAUCGUUUCUCUCCGAUAUCCCAGGCCUACAGGAACUGGAUGGUUCCGGUGGAUAUUUGAUCCAGGCAUCGAUUGAUGUGGUAGACGGGAACAAUGCUGAGCUUAAGGACAGAGCAACUAGACAGUUGUUGGCACUGAAAGAAGCCUUGAGGCAGGCAGUUGAUUUGACACCGGGAGAUCGAUUGGCCUUGGACACACGACUACCUGUUGUUUCUCGUAGAAAUUGA